AUGAAUCAUCCAUUACUUGACAAUGAAGUACGUUUGGAAAAAUUCAAAGAUAUUAUUAUUAGAUAUGAUAUUAAUUAUGAUUUUGCAUUUCAUCUACGAGCUCUUGAAGGUUUUGAAAUAGUUCUGAUACUUGAUGAUAGUUCAUCAAUGUCUACACCAGUUAUUGAUCGAAAUCAACAAGGUAUUUCACCAUUUAGUCGAUUACCGACACGUUGGGAUGAACUUAAACAUGUUGUAUCAAUCGUUGUUGAUCUUGCUUCAACAUUAGAUCCAGAUGGUGUUGAUCUAUAUUUUCUAAAUCGUCCACCACUUUUACAUGUAACUGAUUCAUUACAAGUAAAUGAAACAUUUUCUAGAUUACCCAAUGGUCCAUCACCACUUACAAGUACUCUUAAAGAAGUUCUGAAUAUAAAACGUUCACAUAUACUCGAUAGAAAAUUAUUAAUAUUAAUUGCUACAGAUGGUAUACCAACUGAUGAUAAAGGACAAAGUGAUCUUAUUGGUUUAGAAAGAGUUCUACGUAAUGAACGACAACCGUUUAUUGAUCGAAUUUAUAUAUCAUUUAUUGCGUGUACAAAUGAUCUUCAAUCAGUUGGUUAUUUAAAUAGAUUCGAUAAGAAUAUUCCUUAUGUUGAUGUGUUGGAUGAUUAUAAUAGCGAACGUGCUGAAAUUUUAGCUGUACAAGGAAAAACAUUUCCAUUUUCUUAUGGAGAUUAUGUUGUUAAAAUUUUAUUAGGUUCGAUUGAUCCAUGGUUUGAUCAAUUAGAUGAAAGAAAAGUUAAAUUAACUAAUGGUGGUACCCAAAGAAAACGACGAUUUUCUCGACCUAGUAUAACUAAUCGUGAAAAGAAUUGUACAAUUUCAUAA